AUGGGCUGGUGGCCUUUUGGCGGCGGAGCUUCCUCCGCUUCAGGCAACUCAGGCUCACCGACAAGCUUGCCGAAGAGCGAAUUUGACGAGUUCGUUCCCCCUCCACCGGCAGGCGGAGCCGUCGCACCUCCGCCUCCACCAAAAGCGCUCGGAGCAGCCGCCGUGGACCUCAACUCGCCGUUCAAAGGUUUCUCAACUCCUCCGCCAGCGCCUCAAGUGCCGCCUACGUCCUCACCGCCUUCCUCGUCUUCGUCUUCCUCGACUGGCUUCUCGAUGCCUUCGUUGAGUGUCGGGAAAACGGAGGACUACUACGCCAAAGAAGACUUUGGCAAAUACGCGUCUCCGUACUCAGAAUCCCCAGGCAUUUAUGAUCGCGAAUACAUCGAAGAGGAGCGGCGGCGCAUGCACGGAGGCCGGGAAGCCUCGUUUCUGGACCGCCACGUCACAAACCCGCGACUGAGAAACUGCCUGGAGGGUGUCAAGAUGGGAAUGAAGAUGGGAGCUGCGGUUGGCGGCAUUUUUGGUUUUCUCACCGGCGGAUACGCUGCCGUUGUGAACCGGAAUCUCCUCAUUCUCCCUGUCUCUGUAGUUGGCGGAGCUGUCAGUUUCGGCUUCUUCCUUGGAUGUGGGAUGGUCAUUAGGUGUGACGAGCCUGCUGCUGUCUCUGCCUCGUCUGCUCUUGUGGCGAACCGGCCACGCUUUUCCUUCCCAGGCGGGACCGCGCAUGCAAGGGCUUCUCCAAGUGCUGCUCGGCUGCAAGCGUGGGAGUGCAAGUUCCCCACGCUCGAGCGACGACACCGAUAG